AUGAUAAAAAAAUAUGGGUUGGAGGAAAAUGAAUGGGUUCUGAAUGAAAAUGAGAAGAGGAAAAGUUGGGCAAGCGCUUACUUGAGGGAUAAAUUCUGUGCUGGAUUUAGAACAACAUCAAGGUGUGAGGCGUUAAACAACUUCAUUAAGAGGUUUAUUGGCUUUCGCCAAAGUCUUCUAGAGUUGGUCCAAAAUCUUGAACAUGUUCUUAGGGACUAUAGAAACAAUGAAUUAGUUUCUCAAUUUAAGACGCUGUAUGGGGAGCCCGUUCUAACUACUGGGCUAGAAGCGUUGGAGCUUUCUGCUGCCAAUUUUUACAUUAGGGAGAUUCUUGGAGAAGUAAAAAAGGAGAUUCAAGGAGUAGUCGCAUUAGAUGUAAUAAAUGAGGAAAACAUAUCAACCACUGUUGUGUUAAAAGUUAAGGAGUGUGACAGGAGACAACAUAUUUAUAACGUACUUUAUGAUCGCAAUACUGAGCAUAUGGAGUGUGAAUGUAGUCGGUGGAGUAGUGAAGGCAUUCCUUGCAAGCACAUGUUUUGUGCAAUGAAAAGGGUAGGUUUACAGAAGUUGCCAGAUAGUCUUCUUUUGAGAAGAUGGUCGAAGGAUGCUAAGAAGUAUCUGGAUGAAAGUUUUGCUGGAGGCACUAUGCAAGACAGAGAAAGAGAAUUUUUAAUGCGCUAUGGCGCAUUGUCAAUGGCAGCUACGUGGAUGGUAUUCUUAGGAGCUCAAGAUGGUCCUUCUUUCCAUGACGCUAUGAAUGAAGUCUGUCGUUGGACCCAAACACUAGAACAAAAAUCUGACUUGAAAAGACAAACAACAGAUUCUACCACGCCAAACUUUGUUGGUGACCCUUCGGUGGUCAAGACAAAAGGAGCACCCAAGGGGAAAAAGGAGAGGGGUAAAUGGAGGUGCACUAAAUGCAACAAUGCUGGUCAUGUAAAGAAUAAAUAUCCUGCGAGGAAUGACGGUGACGAUUUGGGGGAUAAGACUAGUAAUGGCGCGCAAGCUAGCUUUGGUACCAAGGAGGAGCUUCCCAAGGACCCUAUGGCUUCUCAAGAGACAUUACCAGUGCCAAAUACAGAAGUAAAUGUACCUGUGCAGCAAGAGUCUGGGCUAGGUGAUUCAGGAUUGAUUAAUGGCCAUGAGAAUCCCAUCCCACCGUAUGGAAGUCAUCAGUGGCUAUUACAGGUUGUACAACAAGGACAUUAUUCGAAGUUCAAUGGGAUGCAGUAG